UUUACAAACAUAGUCAUUUCCCUUUUUGCCAGGGAGCACUGUACUGUGGCCACAAAUGCAUUGGUGACUUCACAAAAAAAAAAAAAAAAAAGCAUUGGUGAGCGAAACAAGAGUUGGACGAUUUCAACCUGGAGGUGCAGAGAGGGAGAGCGAAGAGGAAGAGAGGACCGGAGCUUUGUUGCUUGCGAUUUUCGAAUUCGGAUUUUGAUCCCUUUGGUGCAACAAGACCGACGACUGCGUUGGCCGGAGGAGGAGAAGCUCUGCUUCUAGGAGGCGUCAGGUGCAUUUGAGAUGGCGUGGUUAUUAAUUAUCUCUUCUGUGAUUGUAAUAUGGAUAGCAUCUCUGUUCAAAAUUCUCCAUGGUUCAUACUCACCUUCCAAGGGCGCUUUCUUGAAUGAUUCUAAUAAUGGUGGCAGUGCCAAGAAGAGAAAUGUGUUGCUGGUUGUUGCCCACCCAGAUGAUGAGUCCAUGUUCUUCACUCCAAUAAUAAACUACCUCACUUUGAGAGGGCAUUAUAUUCACAUCUUAUGCUUGUCAAUUGGUGAUGCAGAUGGUAAAGGAAAUACUAGAAAAGAAGAGCUCUACCAGGCUUCUGCAACCCUCAAGGUUGCGCAUCAACAUGUGAAAAUUCUGGACCAUCCAGAUCUUCAGGAUGGUUUUGGUAAGGUGUGGAAUCACAAUUUAUUGGCAAAGAUUAUUGAAGAGGAAGUCGUAAGUCAGGGCAUUGACUUGAUUAUUACUUUUGAUAAUUAUGGAGUUUCGGGACACUGUAACCAUUGUGACGUGCAUUACGGAGUAAGGAAGCUUUUACUUGCAUUGUCACAAAGGAAUGUUGAAGCCUGGGAACUUGUCAGUACUAACAUAUUCCGCAAGUAUAGUGGACCAGUGGAUAUAUGGUUCUCCAAUUUAUAUUCUAUGCAAUGCUCAAAUGAAAUGUUGCAUUGCUUGGUAAAUGAACAACCCAGAAAGAGCUUCCUGGCAAUGGCACAACAUGCAAGCCAAUGGGUUUGGUUUCGCAAGCUUUUUGUGGCAUUUUCCAGUUGUACCUAUGUGAACACGCUUAGAAAGAUGAAGUAGUUUGUGAGAUCAAUUUUGUACUUGCGUCUUGGUUGGCGAGCAUAUUGGUGGUUGGUGGAAGCCUGACAGAAUAGAAGCUUGAAAGUUUAGAAUAUCGAUUUGAUGAAUUGAAUCUGAAUAAGGACAUCUACUGAAUUUACACCAUUAUGGUUCAGGUAUUGACUUUUAUUGUUAACUUUAAAACAGUUCUAGUUGCUCACUUUUGUAAAUCAUGCCUUUACAGCUCAGGCUAUCUGAAAUUCUUUUCUUUGGUAAAGAGAAAAUGUGAACCUCAAGUUAUAGAAAUUCAAGAUUAGAAGUAUUCCAAGUAUUGAGAAAGCUAAGAUGUAGUCCUGCACUCCAACAAAAAGAUCAAUGGGACUGCUUUUUUAAAGAUUUACACUCAUUUGUUGUCAUAUAAUAUGGGAGAUGGUUAAUAUGU